AUGUACCGCAAGCCAAAGAACUUUCUUUCAAGUCUUCGGUACUCAAUUAAAAGUCAUCAUGAAACCAUUCCGUCUACUUCUCUUGGUGGCAGCACCCUCCAAUGGAGACCAAACAUCUUCUCAACUUCAGGCCCGAGAAACACGAGCGGGCCUGCCAAAUGGGGAAACAGCGAAUUCGAAACUUACACAAACUCCAACACCGACAUCCGAAUAACCAAGGAUCACACUCUGACCAUAACCCCGUGCUUGAGCCGCGGUGUCUGGACGUCCUCACGCAUCGAGACACAGCAGUCUGAUUUCGCCGCCAGUGCAGAUGGCCAACUGUACAUAGAGUCCCGCAUCAAGCUAGCUCUGGGGAGCAAUUUUAAGCCCAGUCAUACGAACUGGCCAGCUGUGAGCGAGUGGGAUAUUCUGGAGACCGUAAAUAAUGGAAUUGGGUCGUGUAAUGAGACCAAUGGGCUUGGGUCGGGAGGGGUGCCGUUCUCGAGAGGUGUGUGGCAUACGGUUGGGUUUAUGGUUGAUAGGAGUAUGACUGGAAAUCGAGGGAAUGGGACUUGGUUAAAUGAGGCGUUGAAUUGGUAUUUGGGUGGGACGCAGGUAUUUACUGUAAGUGGUAAGAAGGUGGGGGAUAAGAAGACUUGGAAGGCUGUGGCGCAUAAUGAGCACUUUUUGUUGUUGAAUGUAGCAGUAGGGGGCAGUAGGCCUGGCGGACCAAACAGUCAGACGACAGACGGGCCUUCUGUUGGGAUGGAGGUCGAUUAUGUCGGCGUGUGGAAACUCGUAUGAUGACACGAAAAGAACAAGUAAAACGUCCAAACAUUUUUCAUGAGCGUGAACUCAUCGAUCUUUAUGAAAGAAGUGGACUUUAUGGAAGUGUAAUAUUUCUGCUGUUUGUUGUGAGACGCAGGGACAAUUGCCGACCCCCUGAAUAGAUAUCAUAUGCUUGCGCAUC